GCCCGCUCCGGGGCGGUGCCGCGCAGGAGCAGCGGGGUGCGCGACGGCGCGUCCGACGCGAUGGAGGGUGGCAGCGGCGGCGCGUACGGGGCGGCCAAGGCCGGCGGGGCAUUCGACCUGGGCCGCUUCGUGCAGCAGCCGCAGGUCCUGGCGCGGAUCGUCAGCGCGGUCUUCGCCCUGGUCGUCUUCUCCUGCCUGGUCGGGGAGGGCUAUACCAACAUCCCCAGCUCCUCGCAGCUCUUCUGCAUCUUCAACCACAACGAGGACGCCUGCCGCUACGGCAUCGGCAUCAGCAUCCUUGCCCUCCUCGCCUGCAUCUUCUUCUUCAUGGUGGACAUCUACUUCCCCCAGAUCAGCAACACCACUGACCGCAAGUACCUGGUCCUGGCAGAUCUCGGCUUCUCAGGCCUCUGGACGUUCCUGUGGUUCAUUGGCUUUUGUUUCUUGACCAACCAGUGGGCCUGGACGCAAGCCAAGGAUGUGUACGUAGGGGCUGACUCGGCCCGCGCUGCCAUCACCUUCAGCUUCUUCUCCAUCUUCACCUGGGGCCUCCUGAUCGCCUUCGCUUACAAAAGGUACAAAAUGGGGGUGGAGGACUUUGCUCACAACUAUGUCGACCCCACCCCAGAAGUUUCGACUCCCUACUCCAGCUACCCCAACAUCAGCCACGAGAGCUACCAGCAGCCACCUUUCACCCACACGGCAGAAGCCCCAGAGGGUUACCAGCCCCCACCGGUGUACUGAGCCCCUGCCUGGUGCCCCGGCAGGGAUGGCUGUACCAGUGCAAUUCUCUUCUGUCGGGUGGGAAGGGAAGGAUCAGUGACUGGAAGGGGGAAGGUGGGGUGGGAGGGUGGCAGCUGCUUUGUGUGAAGGCCACCAGGUCUUGGUGCUGGGGCGCACAGGAGGGGCCUGGUUCUGGUGGUGGAGCUGAGCUCUCUGCUACUGGGAUCCAAAGCCUGGUGUGUGGUGGGUGCUUCAGCACGUAGCGGGUGAUUUGCAACUGCUGAGUGCAGCCCUGUGGCUUUGGAGAGGGUAGGGGUGCAGGGCUGGCCUCAGUGGGGCUGAGCUCCAGGCCUGGCCAUUGCACCCUUGGGGAAGCAGUGGGCUGGGAGGGUGGUUUGUACUCCCCAGCUCUGGCCUGUCCUGGUAUCAGUGCCUUUCCAGCCCCGCCAGCUGCAACCCUUCCAGUGGCAGCUCUUGCUGCCAUAGCACAGCCAGGUGGUCCAGCUCCUGCCUGCUGCAGGUUGCCCGUGCCUUCCUCCCUCAGCUGCUGCUGGGUGAGCUUGAUGCCAAAGCCAUCUUCUGACUAUAAACUCCUGUGCUGCGCCUUCCCACAGCCUGCACUUGAGCUGCUGGUGCUUGGAUGACACUGUUUGGGAUCCACAGGAGCAGCAAGUGCUGCGAUCUCUCAGCAGGGCUAUAGCUGCUCCAGCUGCCUGAGGAAGGUUCCAGAGUGCUUUCCCUGCAACUUAGUACUCCUCGCUUGCACUAGCCUCUGCAGAAGCGAGGCCACCAUCCCACAUCCUGCCCGCUGCUCUCAGCAGCACCUCUUGCAGCCCAUGCUCCCGGGUGACCCCGGCUGCCUGUGCAGGCUGGCUGACUCAGGUUGUGUUUGCUGCUGCACCUGUCAUGAAGCUCUUCCCAGCAGCUGUGUGUGGUAUGUGAGCUGUUGCUGCUGGGGCUGGCGUUCAGAUAGUUCCUUGUCACUGUAGAGAUGGAAUAAACUUUUUCACCUA